CGGCCAUGGCGCGCGCUGCUCGCGGGGCCGCCGCCGCAGCCGCCGCCGUUUCGAGCGACCGUUAGCCUGAGGUGAGGUGGACACUCCGCCCGCCCGCCCGCCGGUCAGUCAGUCAGCAGUUGACUCACCCAGUGACAUUAAAGUCGUACAUCAUGACUACGGAAGUGGUUGAUGACGAGGUGGCGUUCUACUCUAAAGCCCAGAAGUACUGGAAAAAUAUUCCUCCGACAGUGGAUGGCAUGUUGGGGGGCUAUGGGCACAUUUCCAACAUAGAUAUUAACUCCUCUAAGAAGUUCCUUCAACGAUUUGUUGGGGACGGCGCUGGCAAAGUGGGGGCUAAUUUGGCACUGGACUGCGGCGCGGGCAUUGGAAGGAUAACUAAGCGUCUGCUGCUGCCCAUGUUCAAAAAGGUUGACAUGGUGGACGUGACUGAGAGCUUCCUGGCCAAGGCUAAAGUGUUCCUGGGGGAAGACGGAAAGCGCGUGGAGAACUACUUCUGCUGCGGCCUCCAGUUCUUUGCCCCACAGUCCCAGCGCUAUGACGUCAUCUGGAUCCAAUGGGUAAUAGGACACCUGACGGACGAGCACCUCACCCAGUUCCUGAAGAGAUGCAAAAAGGGUCUUCGGUCAAACGGAAUCAUCUGCAUCAAGGACAACGUGACCCAGGAAGGCCUGGUGAUGGACGAGGUGGACAGCAGCGUGUGCCGGGACCUCGGGACCCUCCGCAAAAUCAUCAAACUGGCGGGGCUCAGCAUGCUGGCCGAGGAGAAGCAGGACAACUUCCCCGAUGAGAUUUACCAGGUGUACAGCCUCGCCAUGAGGCCCAGCUAACCAUUCAUAAAGAGCAGCGUUUGUAAGCAGAGCUCCUGUGUCUGAGCUUGGGGGGAGGGGAGGGGAAUCCACAGAACAUCACAUCAAACACUGAACAGAAGCACACAACUCUCGCUGCCUGCCUUUGGCUGGAUCAAUCUUUCCAAUGACUGGACUAAUCUGUGAGCAAGGGCACAAACUGAGGUCCUGAACUCUCCAUAAUGGUGAGCGAUAACUAGCUUGUCAUGCCAAAAAAAAAACUCAUUUGCCUUCAGUUUAAUCUGAGCCUCGGUCUGUCAUUUUUAGGAGAUUCUUAUUUUCAAACUUCACUUCCCUGAUUCACUCUAGGUUAAAUCUGCACUGAAAACGCCCAAUCACUCUCAAUGGAAAAGAACCCUGGAACGCUUCCAUUAUUUCUGUUGGCUUCUCUUCUCCUCUCUUGCCAAGCUGCACUUCCAAACCCAGAGGUUACCAGGUAACUUGCUCCCAGGCUGUUCCAGAUGCUGAGAUGACCAAUUUAAUGAGUUUCCUUUCCUUCAUGCCUGGUGCCCUGACAGAGAUCAGGAAGCUUGUAUUGAGGAGAAUGAAGCCAGCAUCAGUGCAGAGGGUUCAACAAUUCUUGAGAUCUUAUGGCAUUCCCCUCUGCAGCCCCUGGCUGGGGUGCUGUGAGAGUGAACAUUCUAAAUUUCAGGAGGAUCCUGUACUGCUGCUGCCUCAGAGCUUGGGUCCCACUUUUAAACGGCACAAUUUAUCACAUUAUAAUAACUUAUUGUUUAAAAAAAACCAAAGCCACCUCUGCUUUUCAGGAAUUAAAA